UCCCGUCUCCAUCCCCGCAUUCCUUUUACGCAAACAAGUCCCCGGUGGAAAACGUGUUUUAUUGGGCUUUAUGGACGCUUGGUGAGCUCGGACUUAAACACGACGGAUAUUCACGGCGUGCGCGAUUAUCCAGUCUACUUUGAUUUCUGCCACAGCGACCGUACGCGAAAGUAGAGGAAAAACCAACAAGGGGAAAUUCCUCCGCGCAGCGCGCCAUUGACUGUAAAGACCUUUCAACUUAACAAAAACUGAAGUUGACAAACGUAUCCCUGUCGGCUGAAACUGUGAGAAAGCGUUUGUGUUUUCGGCGAAGGGGGCAAAGCAGACGAAGGCGAUGCGGCACACGGUGCAGCUUUCCGUGUCCGUUGGUGCUUUUCAGUAAGUGAGCGACGGCUGCACCGCGGCGAUUUGUUUUGAUUUCCAUGUGAAACGCAAUUAGUGCUCCGCGGCGCUCGCUCGUUUGGCUCGCGGAGCGGAGCACACUCUCAACUUGUUUCUCGCCUCGGGAGCACAACAUGGAACACUAUCAGGAAGAUCUGGGACUCCGGGCCAGCAAACUGAUGGAGGACCUCUCCCUCUAUGAUGCGUAUAAAGACGGGAUGUUCAACGCGAGGAGAGACUUGGUGAUGAGCCCCGAUUUAGACUUUUCGGCUCCGGCGGUAGCGGAGCAUAAAAGUACGCCGAUGAAUGGCAGCUCUGUGCUCCACCAGCAGCAUCACACAGUGGAGAAUUUCACGUCUGGGAAUAAAGUGUACAACGCGGCUCCGGUGCGCCCCGUGAACUGCAGCCGGACCGUGCCUGUGGAUUUCUGCGCCCCUCAGAGAGACGCGGGUUACAGUGAGGAGGGCUGUUGCACCAAAUCCGAAGUGGCUUUGCCGUGCUACACCGGCGCGUCCGAGAGGCACAGGAGAUACUCUCUGGAGGUACAGGGCCACAGAUACAGCACCGGCUCCACCUUCGACGGCGUGCCUCUCAACAAGCCGGUGGCUCUGCCCGGCAACAGGUGCAACAGUGUCUGCAUUACCAGCAGCCACGACGGGAGGUAUAACGCCACCAGUCCCCGGUCCAGCCUCGCGUCUUCUCUGUCCUCUCAGGAGCAGAGCAAGCAUGCCAGCCCGAGGUCGAGCAUCAGCAGCCCGCGGACUAGUUUGGUGGUCCCGGGUCAGGACAGGUACACGAGCCCCAGGUCUAGUUUAGUUCACUGUGAGGGCAACAGUGUCCUCAGUCCCAGAUCCAGCUAUGCAAGCACCGCCAGCGACACGAGUAAACACUCCAGCCCACGGGCCAGCCUCAACAGCUGUGACUGCUGCAGCAAGCCCAGCAGCAACCGCACCAGCGGCAUCAGCAUGGGCUACGACCAGAGGCACACCAGCCCCAGGUCCAGCACGGCGAGCCAGUACUCCUUCACCACCAGCCCGAGAUCCAGUUACUCGGACUCGCGGUACGGGCCCGUGGUCAACCAUGAUCUGGAGGGGGCGAUCCUACACGCGGCGCCGCUGGCGAGCCCUCGGUCGAGCAUCUGCAGCCAGGACGGGAGCGCAAGACCGGGGACCACCGCAAACUGCGUAGUCAGUCCCCGGUCCAGCAUCUCCAGUCACAGCUCCAGAAGUUCCCGCAGCUCCAGGGGAUCUAUGAGCACGUACCCGGACCUGCAGCUGCCCUCGCCCAGGUCAUCGAUGCUGGGCAGCAGUCUGCACGAGGACACGCUGCUGCAGGAGUUCGGGGACGCCAACGGGAUCCAAAAUCGCAUCCAUCUCCAGGGACUCUCGGCGGUGCCGGAGCCCCCGCAGCAGUCGGCUCAGACGGGAGGGACUGCGGAGAUGGUCGCUGGGUCGCCAUCAUCGUUCAGUUACGGGAUGUCCACUAAAACAGCUUCCUCAGGCCAGAGGUUUAAGCUGCCCUACCAGGUGACCCCCAGUCGAGAGAGUGGGCCAAGCCAGGCGGAGAGACGGCUGGAGGCGCUCACCCUGGAGCUGGAAAAGGAGUUAGAGAUGCACAUGAAAAAGGAAUACUUUGGUAUCUGUGUCAAAUGUGGGAAGGGUGUGUAUGGAGCCAGCCAAGCCUGCCAGGCCAUGGGGAACCUGUAUCACACAAACUGCUUCACCUGCUGCUCCUGUGGGCGGAGGCUGCGGGGGAAAGCGUUCUACAAUGUCAACGGGAAGGUGUACUGCGAGGAGGAUUUCCUGUACUCUGGUUUCCAGCAGACAGCUGAGAAGUGUUUUGUGUGCGGUCACCUCAUCAUGGAGAUGAUCCUGCAGGCGUUAGGCAAGUCUUACCAUCCUGGCUGUUUCCGCUGUGUGGUGUGCAAAGAGGGUCUCGAUGGCGUGCCUUUCACCGUGGACGUCGAGAACAACAUCUACUGUGUCAAAGACUACCACACGGUUUUUGCUCCCAAGUGCGCCUCCUGCAACCAGCCCAUCCUUCCAGUCCAGGGCUCAGAGGAAACCAUUCGGGUAGUUUCUAUGGACAAGGACUACCAUGUGGAGUGUUACCACUGUGAGGACUGUGGUCUCCAGCUAAAUGAUGAAGAGGGUCACCGCUGUUAUCCACUGGAAGGCCACCUGCUCUGCCACAGCUGCCACAUCCACCGGCUCCAGUCGCAGGUCCCUGCCCAUCUGCCCCCCAGCUACCCCCUCCAUGUGACAGAGCUGUGAGGGGGAGGAGGGUGGGCAGCAACAGAGCCCUGCCUCCCAGGUGAUCCGAGACACCAGCAGCGGCGGAAACAAAAGGCCCGCACCCCCUCCAGCAGUUCCAGGGAAGCCUCUGAGCUACUGUCCCUGUCCUGGACUGGAUGGCCGGGCCGUGGACUAACACACACAGGGCAGCUCCCACCACAAGCCCUGUUGUCACAUGACAGGGCUGGGAAAAAGGGUUCCCCUUCUCCUCCAUCUGUGGUCCUUUCCUCCCCCCUUCCCCUGGGGUGCCUAAACCUUGAAAGCCAACCCGCCGGCUCACCCAGAGCCCCCCGGUGACGUCACACCUCCUGACCCCUGCACACUCAUCAAAGAGAGCGUUUUUGGACUGGAGGAAGAGAACGCAAACUCGUCUCCCUCCUCGCUUCCCUCUCCUCCCCUCCAUGUUUUUCAUUCCUCUGCUCUGACCGAAGCGGUUGACCGCAGCGGAUUCACCAGCGCUGUCACAUCAAGAGAGCGCUGCUGAUGUCGGCGUCGGGAAGGCCAGAGAACGAGCCACUACAUUCCAGUGCUGGUUGGACUGGACAGACCCCCCGGGCGGGCAUGCUGUGCCUUCAGAGCCGGCUCUCUCCGUGCAGCUUCUAACACUGAAAUGGAGUCCUGCUAAAGGCUAUGCAAAGGACACCCAGCAUCAUGACACAGGGCUGUGAGAAAAACUAUUAACUCAUCGCUCCUCACCCUGCACCGCCCCGAAAUAACAGAUGCACCGUAGCACCACGAGCCCAGAGGACCGACUGACAUUCCACUUAGAAGUCUUAGACGAGACCUCGAGAGAUUCACAAGCAGUGUCUUAAUUAAUGAUUAUUUUAUGACAGAAAAAGAAAAUUUUAGAUGCACAUAGAUUGUCUUUUAUAUAUGAAUAUAUAUUUUGCAGAUGUUUUCCACAUAAGAUCAUAGAUGUAGAUUUUUUUUUUUUUUGUUGCUGCGCUCGCGAUAGAUUCAGAGGUGAAACGCGCCGUCUGAAGCUUCUGAAGAUGUUGGGUCUGUUGUAUCAUUUCUCCUCUCCAGGACACAGAGCCUCUUCAUGUGUGUCAGUGGGUCACAGAUCCACAGGCUUUGUAAGAGCAGGCCUGGCUCAAACAGCAGUUAUUUUAUUCCACUUUGAGUACCAAAUGUUUCAUCAAGUUUUUGGCAACCAAUUUGUUGCUUUUAAACUGCAAAGUGACUGUAGACGGCUGUAACACACACUGUAACAGACAGUUCUGCAUUCUUUAAAUUUCACCUAGGUUAAACCUCCAGCAGUUUAUUUAUUCUGAAGUUGUUGUUACUAAAAAGUCUAAAAAAUGAUUUUGACUAUGUAACUGAACUGGUUUGCAUCUCCUGCAGGGCCUUAAAUGAAGCAGCAAUUGAAGUUCUCUGAAACCUAAUUCCCACAAAAUGUAACAAUCCAUCUGCGUACCUCAUCUUUAGACUUUUCUAAAGACUUUUCAGAAGGGUGCCACUAUUUUGACAAGUUAUCGCUUCAGGUCUUAGAGCUUAGAAAUUAGUCUUUAAAUACUGUAAUUUAGGAACGGUAAAGUAAGUCAUCAUAGAAAUCAAAUAUCAGCUCAUGACAUAGACGAUGCAAACUGUUGUAAAGAUUGUCCUCCAGAGAUAUUGCCAAAAUUAUUUAUACUUCUGUAGUGAUAUGUGUAAUUUUCCAAACUAAAAACAGUGCUCACAAGCUUUUGUUGAUGAGGCACAUGUCAUCUGGUGAUGAGUGAUUUUCUGAUCACCCAAUAGUGUGAAGUCAAAGUCAUCCUCUGUCACUCACACCUGCCCUGACAAGGUCUGAAUGUGGCACCCGGCCCGCCUGGUACUCAAAAGGGAAUCAGACAAUUGCGAAUACCUUUUGCACCAGGUCUGCUCAGGACUCUGUUUCCUGGUAUGUUUUCCAGACACUGGGUUUUGUCAUUUGAGCACUGAGAACAGUGCGUUGCUACGAGGAACCUCCACUAGUCCGCAUGCCUUAAGACAGAACAGGUAUGUGUGUGGGUCUCACAGUCUGCUGUUGUGUUUUGGGAGGACGCCCCUCUUAACCCGGAGCUGCUGGUCCCGCCCGCGUUUUUAGGGUGCCCCCCCAACGUUUCCCUUGCUGGUUGUGUGUGUGUGUGCGCAUGUGUGCGUGCAUGCGUGUGUGUGUGUGUGUGUGUGUGUGCUUGUGGCAGGGCCAUGGCACAUGCACCUCACUGUGUUUGCAGGGCAGCGCAGCACAAUGACCCCUGCUCUCUCUGUUACAACCCAGUGAUGAUUUUGAUGACUGCGUUCAUUCAUCACACACCUUCCUCCAGAUGUUUGUGUCUAAUUCUUGGUGUUUGUUUGGGCUUCUGUCUCGUACCGUAUUGAUGGGGUUUACACAUGUUCCAUGUUCCAGUAAAUAUUCCAGGAGCUGAUGCAUCACCCUCUGACUGGAGCAAACUCCACCCAUCUGGUAUUCAAACAAAAAUAAAACGGUCACCAAUUACUAUAUGCAAACACUGGCCCAGCUCUUAUCCAGACCGUGUCACUGUACACACAGAUCUGGAUAAAUACUACUGAAUGUGUCAAAAACAGAGACUGAAGCAGAGACUGAAGGCAGGGGUCACCACAGGCAGAAAGUGCUUUCUAAUGUAACCUGAUGUGAUGAGAUUCAUUCGAAUGUAAUAAUGAUUAGUGUUUGUUCUCCUCCCGGCUGUAUAUUUGUAAAAGGACUGCGUAAGUGAGACGUUCCCCUUGUCAUUUAACCUCAGCUUCGUACAGGGGUUCUGGUCAAGUAAUGUGUGCCAUACUUGAAGAAUGAGGUGUUUUUUGGAACUCGUCUUCACAAUACCAACCCCCAAGAAAAAUGCAACAAGAUCAGAGUGUAUCCCCUUUUGAAGUUCUCUUAAUUCACCUGUUUUAAAAGUACUACUUCAGUUUCUAUUGCAUAGCACACAGCUAGUUACCCUGUACAUAAAGAGGCUAGUUUUUUUUUAUUUUAUUUUUCUGUCAAAAAUCACUUGGAAAGAGAAGACUUCUCCUACUGGUAGUUCCAACAAGCACAUCUCGACACCUGUCACAUAUCUUUUGUAUCGCUAAGUGUUUUUGAUUACCUAGAUGGUUCAUAAAAAAGGAAACUAGAUCUAUUUAUCUAAACAUGGAAAAAAGUCUAAAGUUAUUUAAUGUAUUAAAAAUCGGGACGUAUCAUUUAACUGUAGAUGACAUAAUCUGCUUUUUCAAUAAAGUGGUUUUGUAGCUAACUGCAA